AAAGUGGAAGAAUUUCUCCGACGCAAACACAAAAAAGUAAAAAUGAAAAUGAAAAUUUCUUGACACAUUUAAGCAAAGCGAGAUCCAUACUCCACCGGAACCCUAAUUUCGAACAAAGAGGAGUAUAUAUAUAGAUGAGCCUGAGCUGGAUCGAGAAUCUCGAUUGCUCCAAUGAAUCAAUCAGUGGAUGAGGAGAGGAAGAAGGGGGAGGAUGAGGAAAAUGAGAGCAGCGACGGUGGCGGGGACUACACGUCGGAGGACGAGGGGACCGAGGAUUACAGGCGUGGAGGUUACCACGCCGUCCGAAUCGGCGAUUUCUUUAAGAAUGGACGCUACGUUGUUCAAAGCAAGCUCGGUUGGGGCCACUUCUCCACUGUCUGGCUCGCCUGGGAUACAGUUCAUUCGCGAUAUGUAGCUCUAAAAGUGCAAAAGAGCGCUCAGCACUAUACCGAGGCGGCCAUGGAUGAGAUAACGAUCUUGCAACAGAUUGCGGAGGGAGACCCAGAUGAUAAGAAAUGUGUAGUGAAGCUUCUAGAUCAUUUUAAGCAUUCAGGCCCUAAUGGACAGCAUGUUUGUAUGGUUUUUGAGUACUUGGGUGAUAAUCUUUUGACACUUAUCAAGUAUACUGAUUAUCAUGGAAUGCCUCUCCAUUUGGUUAAGGAGAUUUGCAUCCGCAUUUUGCUGGGUUUGGAUUAUUUACACAGACAACUUUCUAUCAUACACACAGAUUUGAAGCCAGAGAAUAUAUUGUUAUUGUCUACGAUAGACCCGUCUAAGGAUCCCAGAAAGUCAGGCGUUCCUCUCAUUCUUCCAGAUAGCAAGAAUAAGACCGUGUUGGAGUCAAAGGCACUGAAUGGGGAUUUGACUCGGAAUCACAAGAAAAAAAUCCGAAGAAAGGCAAAACAGGCAGCUCAGGGACGUGUGGAGAAAGAUGUUUCUGGGGACGCUGAGGAAGGCCCUGAAUCAUCUGGUGCUGCUGGGUCAGCUCCGAAUGUGAAACCAAAUUUAGCCUCUGUUGAAGAUGAGCCCACUGGUUCUGUGAACAGAAAUAGAAAAUCCCAUGCUGAUGAGACUAAGGAUAGUGGGCCAGAUCGCAGCAAGGGUAGCCGCUCAAGAAGGAAGAAGCUUUUAGCAUCAGUUGAUCUUAAGUGCAAAUUGGUUGACUUUGGGAAUGCUUGCUGGACGUACAAGCAGUUCACAAAUGAUAUUCAGACGAGACAAUACAGAUGUCCGGAGGUGAUACUUGGAUCAAAAUACUCGACAUCAGCUGACAUGUGGUCCUUCGCUUCUAUUUGUUUUGAGCUUGCGACUGGUGAUGUUCUCUUUGAUCCACAUAGUGGUGACAACUUUGAUAGGGAUGAGGAUCACUUAGCGUUGAUGAUGGAGCUUCUUGGAAUCAUGCCACGUAAGAUUGCUUUAGGUGGUCGCUACUCCCGGGAACUUUUUGAUAGAUAUGGUGAUUUGAGACAUAUCCGUCGGUUGCGUUUCUGGCCCUUGAAUAAGGUUCUUGUAGAGAAGUAUGAAUUCAGUGAGAAGGAUGCAAAUGACAUGACAGACUUCCUUCUUCCCAUUCUUGAUUUUGUCCCAGAGAAGCGGCCAACAGCAGCUCAAUGCCUUCUUCAUCCGUGGAUCAAUGCAGGCCCUCGUCUUUUAGAGCCAUCUACAACUCCUAAAGAGAACCAAACUUUGGACUCUGUGAAAAAGAAAAGAGAGAAGGAUGAGAGGGAGGCAAUGGAGGUUGGAAUGGGAAAUAUUGCUAUCAAUGCAGAUUCUGAGACAAUCAAAGAUCACCCUUCCAGUAGUAAAUUCUCCAAGUAGUUCAUUGAGGUUGGACAUCAGCCUACAUGACUUUAACCCGCUCUCUAUUCUUCACAGCGAUGUUUUCCUCCAGCAGCUGAGAUUCUUUCAAAGCAUGACAUGAUUUUGAUUCAAUGCUCAUUUUGUGGAUGUGAAUGGGAUUGGAUGUCUAAGAUUUGGUGAUGGUGCUGGUUUAGUUUGGGUGGAACAUUGGCUCAAACUGUAUAUUGGUUAAAUUCCCAGUGUGGCUGACCUCUCACACCAGCUACUGGUCAUCGCUUGGUAAGCUAUUGCCUCGCCAACUAGCUAAUCAGACGUGAGCCUCUCCUCGGGCAGAUUCCUCCUUUUUCUGUGACAGAAUAACAACUGCACACAAUAUUGGUUCUAUACACAUCAUCCCAUCAAUAUCUUAUAUCUGCUAACUUUUUCUUGUGGAUUUUGUUCCUUUUAUGUAAGUUCUAUACUUUAUUGCUCUUGGAUCUAUGAUCCAUGAUAGAAAUGAAUGGAAGAAAUAAAUACAUGUGAUGGAUUCUCGAUGAUGUUUCA